UUUUAAAACGACGUAGCUAAGAAAUAGAAAAGGGAGAACUCUAUUCUAUGACCCGUUUAUCCGAGAGGCUGGUCCGUUUGUUUCCGAAACCGACCCGUUUUCUCGCUCUUGUUUCUCUCUCCACUCUCCAUCAUCUCUGCAAGUCCCUCGCUCGCUUCCUACUCUCACAAACCCUACCCGCCACCAUGGACAAUAACAACCUCUUCUCCGAUUACUUCUCCGACGACCUCGAUUCCUCCCCCUACCGUCCCCACCGCCGCGACCACGACCACGACCACUACCGCGAUUUCGCCGCCCUCGAGCGCCUCUACCUCCUCCCCUACACCUGGUGGCUCGAAGAAGCGCAAAAAAAUGAAGAAGCUGAUCAUCGAGGAGAGGCCGUGCUUUAUACGGUGUCGUGCAAUUCCGAUUCCGAAGCCGAGAUUUUGCUUCAUCUCAGGAAGGAAGAGGACCCACACAACAACAACAUUGGGGUUUCUGCGCGUCAGUAUGCCUUGGUUCCCGAGGGACUUUGGUUGCGUGCUCUCAAACGGCAUAAUGAUUUUAAUAAUGCAGUGAAAGAUUUUGGAAGCAUCCCAUAUGAAGAGGACUGUUUGCCAGAUUUGUUCCCCUUGCAAGUUAAGAUAUUUGUUUCAUGGGAAACCAGUUUACUGGUAGCAAAGAUAAGCCAAAAGGAAAAUGUGGCUGCCUUCUAUGAGAAAGCUUGUGACAUUUUCAAUUCUGCAUAUAACCCUGUGCAUAUUUGGGACUUUUCCGGGCAGACAACCCAGUUCUUCUUGAAUGACAAAUCUAGGUUGCCAAACGAUUCUCCUGGUCAACCUAGAAAAGAGGUUGUUCUGGAGUUACAAGUUCAUGGACUUCCAGAUUCUAUGGGGGGUAAUGGGCGCAAUGAGAUGAUUUUAGAUAGGUCUCAGAUGGAAUGUUCACAUAGUGGCUCUGUUAUAGUGAAUGGAAGCACUGACAAUGUGAUCCCCUGCGUAUCAGUGACCAACCAUUUUCGAGGCAGUAGCUGUAGAGCAAUUCGAUCUUUGGGCUUGACAGGACUACAGAAUCUUGGAAAUACAUGUUUUAUGAAUAGUGCCAUUCAGUGUUUGGCUCACACCCCAAAGCUUGUUGAUUUUUUCCUUGGAGAUUAUCGUAAAGAGAUAAAUUAUGAAAAUCCGUUGGGAAUGAAUGGAGAACUUGCUCUAGCUUUUGGAGACUUGCUUAGAAAGCUGUGGGUUCCUGGAGCAGCACCCAUUGCACCAAGAACGUUUAAGAUGAAACUAGCUAAUUUUGCUCCUCAGUUUAGUGGUUAUAGCCAGCAUGACUCUCAAGAACUUCUUGCUUUUUUGUUGGAUGGAUUGCAUGAAGACCUUAAUCGUGUAAAACGCAAACCAUAUCAUGAAGUUAAGGAUGCAGAUGGUCGUCCAGAUGAAGAAGUGGCAGAAGAGUAUUGGCGAAAUCACCUUGCUCGCAAUGACUCCAUUGUAGUUGAUUUAUGCCAAGGUCAGUUUCGGUCGACAUUGGUUUGCCCUAUUUGCAAGAAGGUUUCGAUCACAUUUGACCCUUUUAUGUAUCUAUCUCUUCCUUUACCUUCUACUACGAUACGGACCAUGACUUUGACAGUCAUAAGCACUGAUGGGAAUACAUCACCUUCCGCAAUUACAGUAACAGUGCUUGAAAGUGGAACACUUAAGGAUCUUAUUGGGGCCUUAAGUGCUUCUUGUUCUCUGAGAGAUGAUGAAACCCUCUUGGUGGCUGAGAUAUACAGGAAUAAAAUUUUUCGAGUAUUUGAGGAUCCAUCUGAUUUGUUAGUUGAAAUUAGAGAUCAGGACAAACUUGUCGCUUACCGAAUGCAGAAGUGUAAUGAGCCUAGUCCCUUGGUUGUUUUUCUGCAUGAACAUUUGGCGGAAAAUUUUGGGAAGGAGAGGUUAGAAAACAGGUUGUUUGGUAUUCCCCUUGUUACAAGGUGGUCCAGUAUUUCCUGUGGAUAUGAUGAUGUUGAAAGGGAGUUUCUGAAGUUAAUCAAUCCAUUUCUGAUGCGCACUGAAGGUGUAUUAGAUGAGUAUGAUAAGAAUGAUGGUGUUAAAAAAAGAGUAAGUGAACAUGAUGAAUUGGGUGAUGCUACUAACUCUGCAGCAAUAGUAAAUGAUGCAGACUCAAACAGUGGAACAGAGGAUGACAUUCAUUCUUCAACUGACUUUGAAUUCUACUUGCAAGGAUUAGAGAGGGCCAAGAUAAUAGUGAACAAACCAUUACCACAAGUCACAAUGUCGUCUGGAAGGCUGCCUGCGGUAGUUGUCUUGUGGUCAGAUAAGAUGCUUAAAAUGUAUGAUACAUACCUGCUUGAUUCAUUGCCUGAGGUUUUCAAGCCCCAGCUAUUUGCCAAGAGAAUGCAAGAAUCAGUUUCUAUUUACAAGUGCCUUGAAGCUUUCUUGAAAGAGGAACCUCUUGGGCCAGAAGACAUGUGGUACUGUCCUAACUGCAAAAAUCCUCAGCAAGCAUCUAAGAAACUAGAUCUUUGGAGAUUGCCUGAAAUUCUUGUUGUUCAUUUGAAGAGGUUCUCAUUCAGCCGAUACUUCAAGAACAAGCUGGAAACAUUUGUUGAUUUCCCAAUUAAUGAUCUGGACUUGUCAACAUAUGUAGCCCACGGGAAUAACCAGUCUUCCAACCGCUAUGUGCUAUAUGCAAUUAGUUGUCAUUAUGGAGGGUUAGGAGGAGGUCACUAUACAGCAUUUGUCCGUUAUGGCUAUGAUAAAUGGUAUGAUUUUGAUGACAGCAGGGUCGAAUCUAUUAGUGAGGACAUGAUAAAGACUCCUGCUGCUUAUGUUCUUUUCUACAGGAAAAUUUAGAUGGAAAUUUUAGAUGCAAUUGUGUAAUUAGUGAUAUAGCAACAUGGGAUGCUUGAGGCUUUUCAGACCUUUUGCCUAUACAUGCAGUUGUCUGAUUUCCUCAAAAUUGCUGCUUUAAGCGGGUACCAGUUGGGUUUUACUGAGACAAGUGAAGAGAAAUGCAAAGAAUUUAAGAUUGUACAGCUUUUAGAAGCUACAGGCAAAAAAAGAGGGUAGGACUUCAAUUUUUAAACCCGGAAGGAUAGAUUAUUACAUAUGUCGGACAUGUAUAUAUGCAUCCUGAAAAUAUUUAACCAUUUUUUUAAAGCAGAUGUAGCUUGGGUUCUUUUUAAGUCAUGAUUAUGUUAGAUAUGGAAAAUUACACAUUUUUUUGCCUCCGUGGUUCAAUCCCAUUCUUCUUGGUGCUCUUUGGUUAGGCCAAAAUUGCCCGUGCUUUCAAGUUGUAUGUCUGACUUGUUCAGUUAAUGCUAUACAUUUCCUAUCUUCGGUAGGGAAACGUCGAUAUAUUGUAUUUCAAUUUUUUACUCACAAUUGUUUGUAAGUGUUGAAUUAGCAAUAUCUGAAACUGAAAUGCUUGAGAAAUA